GAACUGCCGACAGAUCGUCCCUCACACAGAUCCAAUAGAACCACAGGCAGUCUGAAGGAACCUCAAUGAAGACAUGGUGACAUAUGAGCGUUUAUUGUAGUGAUUUGGCUUCGCUUCGCCUCGGGUCCCAUCCCUUCCUCUUCUGCUGCGGUGACGGAGGUCUAGUUGUCCUCAGACCCGCCCCCCUUACAUCCAGGCUGCCAGCAUCUUCCACCGCGUCCAGCAUGACGUCCAACAGCAGGUACCGGAGCCGCGCGCCCCGUGCAGACGACGCAGAGGACAGAGAAUAUGUGGGCUUUGCGACGCUGCCGCGCCAACUGCACAGGAAGUCAGUGAAAAAAGGGUUCGACUUCACCCUCAUGGUGGCAGGUGAGUUUGGCCUAGGUAAAUCUACCUUGGUCAACAGCCUGUUCCUCACCGAUCUGUACAAAGAGAGGAAGCUUCUCAAUGCUGAGGAGCGCAUCAAGCAGACGGUGGAGAUCACAAAGCACACGGUGGACAUUGAGGAAAAGGGGGUGAAACUCAAACUGACUAUUGUGGAUGUGCCAGGUUUCGGAGAUGCUAUCAAUAACACAGAGUGCUGGACACCGGUAACAGACUACAUCAAUCAACAGUUUGAACAGUACUUCAGGGAUGAAAGUGGGCUGAACAGGAAGAACAUCCAGGACAACAGGGUCCACUGCUGCCUUUACUUUAUAUCCCCUUUUGGACAAGGGCUUCGUCCCAUUGAUGUAGAGUUCAUGAAGGCCCUUCAGGAUAAAGUUAAUGUGGUUCCUCUCAUCGCUAAAGCGGACUGCCUCACUCCUUCUGAGAUAAAGAAGCUCAAAGAGCAGGUCAGAGAAGAGAUCGAUAAGUACGGGAUAAAGAUCUACCAGUUCCCUGACUGCGACUCAGAUGAAGACGAGGAGAUCAAAAAUCAAGACAAAGGGCUGAAGAUGCUGCAGGAAAGCCUUCCAUUUGCAGUGAUUGGUGGGAACACUGUAGUCGAGGUGCGAGGUCAGAGGGUGAGGGGCCGCCUGUACCCAUGGGGGAUCGUGGAGGUGGAGAACCCAUCCCACUGUGACUUUGGGAAGCUAAGGAACAUGCUUAUAAGAACCCACAUGCACGACCUGAAGGACACCACCAAUGACUGCCAUUAUGAAAACUACAGGGCCCAGUGUAUCCAAAACAUGACCAGUAAGAUGAAUGCAGAUAAGCGGGUGGAGAGUCCCAUCCCGAUCCUGCCGCUGUCCACGCCAGCCGUGGAGACAGAGAAUCUCAUCAAGAAGAAAGAUGAAGAGCUGAGGAGGAUGCAGCAGAUGCUUCAGAAGAUGCAGCAGCAGAUGCACGGGCAGGACCUGUGACCUCUGAUCGUCCCUUUUGCAACAGCGAUAAUCUCAACCGCACACACACAGUGUAAUCCCCACUGCUGUCCUCCUUUCAGGGACGAGAUGAGAAAAUCUCUCUUUACAGAUAUCGAGGUUUUUAAGACAGCAUCCUUUAUCUUUAGUGCAGUCCUAAGCCAAGUGAGUAUUGAUAAGGAAUACAUUAGGUUGAAUUGAUCAGAUAGACCAAAGUAGAUUAACAUAGUAGAUGCUCUGCUUCGCUGAAAUACUCAAUAAGGGAACUCCUACAGACUCUUUUGUAAAGAACCAAUCAAAUGUUAUGAUGCUUUCAAAGACUGAGAUGAGAAGUUUCAGAAUGAAAAACAUAGAGGAGGCUGGUUUUUAAAAGUAGACUGUUCAAAGUUAUGUAAAAUCAUCAAAAAACACAAGCAUAAUAUUAAAUGUUGAAAUCCUGAGUAUUUUCAACAAGUUCAAUCAUGGUUCCUUUUCAGGGAUCAGAUAACCUGGAUCACCAGGAGAGGUCAAGUGACCCUCACCAAAAUGUAAUUACUCUCCUGACCCAACGUUGGGUCUGACAGCUUCAGUUCCCCUUUCAACAAAACAGGCAGCAGUUACUUCUCCUUUGAGGUAUAAUUGUGCACAUCAUCCAUGGAUCAGAGGUUUACACACUCUUCGUGGUUAUGAAUGUCAAAUUAAUUUUGGGUAUUUAAUGAUGCAUUCAAGCUGGGUUUAUUUUUCAGGAUGGACUGAUUAUACAAGGUACAAGUUCAAUUCAUUUGAAAAGCAAGGAAAGGGUGCACAAGCUUGUAUUUAUAGUUUCUUACAAUCCACACAAGGUCAAAAUGACACACAGGCUCAAAUGUAUACAUACAUCUUAGUGAUAGAUUAUACUGGAUAUAUAUCUCUUAUCAAGAUGUGCAAUUGCACAUUUUCUAGCCAUCAACAAGUUACUAACUGGAUAUUAGAUAUUCUUGUCAGAACUAAUGU